AUGACGCUAGUCUCAAAUGAUCCCAGUUGGCGGCCCUUCAUCAAUUCAAAUAUUUGCUAUUCGAUUGUUGCCGCAGCCUUCGUGGUGGUAUACGAUUGGGUAUUGACACUCCCACAAGAGAUUGACCUCAUUUGGACCCAACGCUGGUCUUACAUGACCAUGCUGUACCUAGUCAUACGCUAUGUUGGAAUACCAUAUUCUGUUGUCAAUGUUCUGGGCAAUAUCAUAUACUAUGCAGUAAAUGGGACAAAUAUGGUCGUAACUGCCAUGUUGGGCGUCAUCAUGAUUUCUCGGUUGCAUGUCAUGUAUCAGAGAUCUAGGAGGAUGCUUAUCUUCCUUGUUAUUAUCUUCCUGACCGUAAACAUCGCCUGCGGAGUUGUCGCGAUCAUAGGAAUCAAGUAUGAUUUCGUAUCGAAGGAACUCGUAGUCUCUGGUAUUAAUAUGUGCUCUGGCGGAUUCGAGGGGGGUACCCAGCUUCUGAUGUCAAUGAUCUGGAUGCUCAACACUGUUUGGGAGGUCCUCGCACUGUGUCUCUCAGUCUGGAUCGCUGCGAAGCACUUCCGUGACCUGCGACGACUCGGCCCAUGGACGGCAUCGACCAUCGGGGACUGUUUCAGAGUGCUCGUGGAAUCUCACGUGCUUUAUUUUGCAAGCUUUGCCGGUGUCUCUUGCAUCCAGCUUGCUUAUUUUUCUCCAGAAGUCGAGAAGUCGAAUUCUGUAGCAGUUGGGAUACUCGGCGGUGCUUUUGAAAUUUUAUUGUCCGUGCAGUUGUUUGUGCUGGGACCACGCCUCAUCCUUAGCAUUCGACGAUAUCACGCUAAACUCGUGGACGAAUCGGACGCAGAAACUAGCAUGAAUUCGAUCGUCUUCCAGGAGCGUGUGCAUGUACUGACUAGCAGUACUGUCUAG